AUGGCGACGUACUGUCGCUCUCCGCUGCUUCUACUGCUGUUAUCUUACGUGUGUCUCUGCAGCUUCGACUCCGUCUUCUGCUUCAAGGCCGCUAGCGGUCCCGCCGAGCCUCCGAACAACCCGGUCAUCCUCAGAGCCGCUGAGCAACAAGCGAAGGAUGCACCUGCCGCCGCCGCAGCCGCAGCCGCUGGGGCCUCCCAGUCUCGAAGGGCGACCGGUUGGAAGCUGUCAGAGGAGGAGGCCUGCAGAGAGGACCUGACCCGGCUCUGCCCCAAACACACCUGGGCCAAUAACUUGUCCGUGCUCGAGUGUUUACAGGACCGCAGAGAGGAAACUGACAUGGCUCCUGAUUGCAACCAUCUGCUGUGGAACUACAAAUUCAACCUGACCACGGAUCCAAAGUUUGAGUCAGUGGCCAUAGAGGUUUGCAAGAGCACUAUUGCUGAGCUGAAAGAGUGCAACGAGGAGGAGCGUGGGAGGGGCUACCUUUUGUCUUGUCUAGUGGAUCACCGUGGAAACAUCAGCGAGUUUCAGUGUAACCAGUAUAUCACCAAGAUGACCAGCAUUAUCUUCAGUGACUACCGACUAAUUUGUGGCUUCGUGGACAAAUGUAAAGAUGACAUUAACAAUCUACGCUGCGGAAGCAUCAACAUAGGACACAAGGACAUCCAUAGCCAAGGAGAAGUCAUUGCUUGUCUGGAAAAGGCUCUUGUGAGGGAGGCAGAGCAACAAGAUCAAGUCCGACCAAUCAAAGAGGAAUGUCAGAAGGCAAUUCUACGUGUUGCUGAACUUUCAUCAGAUGACUUCCAUCUUGAUCGACAUCUCUACUUUUCCUGUCGAGACGACCGUGAGAGAUUUUGCCAGAAUAUUCAGGCGGGAGAAGGAAAAGUCUACAAGUGUCUGUUCAACCACAAGUUUGAAGAGGCCAUGUCAGAAAAGUGUAGAGAAGCUCUGACAACACGGCAGAAACUGAUCUCUCAAGACUAUAAGAUCAGUUACUCACUAGCUAAAGCCUGUAAGCUUGACCUGAGGAAGCAUCGCUGCAGCCUUGACACCAACCUGCCACGAGCCCGUGAGGCCCGUCUGUCCUACCUGCUUCUUUGUCUUGAGGCCGCCGUGCACCGAGGCCGCACGGUCACUGGCGAGUGUCAGGGUGAAAUGCUGGAUUAUCGGCGGAUGCUCAUGGAGGACUUCUCUCUCAGUCCAGAGAUCGUACUGCAUUGCCGGGCAGAGAUUGAGACUCACUGUUCUGGCCUUCACCGCAAAGGUCGCACUCUACAUUGUCUGAUGAGGAUCGGCCGUGGCGACCGCAGCGCCUCAGUCGACGGCGUAUGCCAGAGUGCUCUUCAGACACUGAUCCAGUCAGCUGACCCUGGCGCUGACUACAGGAUCGACCGAGCGCUCAAUGAGGCCUGUGAGUCAGUCAUCCAGACAGCCUGCAAACAUAUCCGCAAUGGAGAUCCAAUGAUCUUGUCUUGUCUGAUGGAGCAUCUGUACACAGAAAAGAUGGUAGAGGACUGUGAGCACCGACUUUUGGAACUCCAGUAUUUCAUAUCAAGGGACUGGAAAUUGGACCCUAUAUUGUACAAGAAGUGCCAAGGCGAUGCCGCACGACUUUGCCAUACGCACGGCUGGAAUGAGACCAGCGAGUUGAUGCCUCCAGGCGCCGUCUUCUCCUGCCUGUAUCGCCACGCCUACCGCACUGAGGAGCAGGGCCGUCGGGUAAACGCUGACAAUCAGUUAUCGCGAGACUGCAAAGUGGAGGUCCAGCGAAUUCUCCACCAGAGGGCGCUGGAUGUGAAGCUUGACCCUGAGCUGCAGAGGCGCUGCAUGACGGAUCUGGGCAAGUGGUGCAGUGAGAAGACGGACACUGGCCAGGAGCUGGAGUGUCUGCAAGAACAUUUAGAAGAUCUAGUGUCCGCCUGCAGGGACGUUGUCGGCAACCUGACAGAGUUGGAGUCAGAGGACAUUCAAAUAGAUGCACUGUUAAUCAGAGCGUGCGAGCCAAUGAUCCAGGCGCACUGCCACGAUUUAGCAGACAACCAAAUCGAUACCGGUGACCUUAUGGAAUGUCUGGUUCAGAACAAACACCAAAGGGAGAUGAAUGAAAAGUGUUCAGUUGGCGUCACACACUUUCAGCUGAUUCAGAUGAAGGAUUUCCGUUUCUCAUAUAAGUUCAAGAUGGCUUGUAAAGAAGACGUGCUUCGUUUGUGUCCAAACAUCAAAAAGAAGGUGGAUGUGGUCAUCUGCCUCAGCACCACUGUGAGGAACGACACGCUCCAAGAGGGCAGAGAGCAACGGGUUUCCCUGAAAUGUCGUAAACAGCUGCGGGUGGAAGAACUGGAAAUGUCAGAAGAUAUAAGGUUGGAACCAGAGCUGUAUGAUCCUUGUAAGUCCGACAUCAGUCGUCUGUGUCCUAACGUGGCCUUUGGCAAUGCUCAGAUGAUUGAGUGUCUGAAGGAACAGAAGAAGCAACUCAGUCAGCGCUGCCACCAGCGAAUCUUCAGACUGCAAGAGGCCGAGAUGACAGACCCAGAACUUGAUUACCAACUUAUGAGAGUCUGCAAGCAGAUGAUCAAGAGGUUCUGCACCGAAGCCGAUGCUCGGAACGUUCUCCAGUGUCUGAAACAGAACAAGAACAGUGAGCUUAUGGAUCCCAAGUGCAAACAGAUGAUCACCAAGCGACAAAUUACGCAAAACACAGACUACAGGCUGAACCCAGUAUUAAGGAAAGCUUGCCGAGCUGACAUUCCCAAAUUCUGCCAGUCCAUCAUUAACAAGGCGAGCGAGGACAACGAGCUGGAGGGUCAAGUGAUCGCCUGCCUCAAACUUAAAUAUGGCGACCAGAGAUUGUCUACUGAUUGCGAAGACCAGAUCCGAGUUAUUCUCCAGGAGUCUGCUCUUGACUACAGAUUGGACCCGCAGCUGCAGAUGCACUGCUCAGACGAGAUCUCCCGACUCUGUGCGGAGGAAGCGGCCGCUCAAGAGCAGACGGGUCAGGUGGAAGAGUGUCUGAAAGUCAACUUGCUCAAAAUCAAACAGGAAGCCUGCAAAAAGGAGGUUCUGAACAUGCUAAAGGAGAGUAAAGCAGACAUCUUUGUGGACCCGGUCCUCCACACAGCCUGCGCCUUGGACCUCAAACAUCACUGUGCUGCCAUCACGCCGGGCAGGGGAAGACAAAUGUCAUGCCUGAUGGAGGCCUUGCAGGACAAGAGAGUUCGCCUGCAGCCAGAGUGUAAGAAAAGACUUCAAGACCGCAUCGAUAUGUGGAGCUACGCUGCCAAGGUGGCACCGGCAGAGGGUUUAUCAGACCUAGCCGUGCAGGUGAUGACGUCACCCUCUAAAAACUACAUCCUGCUGAUGAUCGCGCUGAGCCUGUGCGUCCUCUUUCUGAUGGGGCUGCUUUGCGGUCGAAUCACCAAGCGCGUGACCAGGGAGCUAAAAGACCGGUAG